UAAGGCCACUGGUUAUCACUUCAAUGUCAUGACAUGUGAAGGAUGCAAGGGCUUUUUCAGGACUCCGGAGUAGCAUCAGGGGUCUUUUCCUUGGACCUGCCAGGAAAGCAAGAGACUGUGAUGGCAUCUGUGAAGAACAUGUUUGGUCACUGGCCGGAGGCCUUCUUCUGUAGGGGUCAUUAUGACCUUGGUUCAGCCUCCCAAGGACAUCUUCUGCCCCACCUGUUCCAACUUUCCAUCAUUUCCCACUCUGGGCCAGAACUAUAUAGAGCCAUGGGGGAAUGUCUUUCUUUUCAGCUAGCUGGGGAUAUAAAGGAGGAAAAAAAGUCAGCUGCACUAACUGGGUCUUUGUGGGAGGCUCGGGAUGUCUGGGCUGUGGGGAGGAGAUGCCGGGCGGGAGUCUCCACAGGCAUCUGCCCCACCGCCUCAUCAGUACAGGGGCCUGUGGUCCAGGGCCCUGUGCUCCCUUAUGACAGGGCACUGAACCUCUAGGCUCCCUGAGGUCAGUGAGGGGAAUCCACUCUCCAGUGGGGAAACCAUUGUUCAUUGAAAUGUCCCCAUGAUUAACUGGCUACUCCCUGGCGUUCCAAGGGGAUGGAAACUGGGGAAGGGAGGUGGCUUCUUCCAUUUCUUACCUUGGGGUCACUUUUCCUCUGGCUCCCUCUUCCAAGGAGGAGAAACCAGGGGAGAGGCCCAUCAUCACAGAAAGAUCCCUGGUAAUGAGGCUGUGAAGAAAGAGAGAGAGGAGGAGAAACAGGGAAGAGGUCCAUCUCCUCAGAAAGAUCCCUGGUAAUGAGGGUGUGAGGAAAGAGGGAGAGGAGGAGAAAAAGGGAAGAGGUCCAUCUCCUCAGAAAGAUCCCUGGUAAUGAGGGUGUGAAGAAAGAGAGAGAGGAGGAGAAACAGGGAAGAGGCCCAUCUCCUCAGAAAGAUCCCUGGUAAUGAGGCUGUGAAGAAAGAAGGAGAGGAGGAGAAACAGGGAAGAGGCCCAUCUCCUCAGAAAGAUCCCUGGUAAUGAGGCUGUGAAGAAAGAGAGAGAGGAGGAGAAACAGGGAAGAGGCCCAUCUCCUCAGAAAGAUCCCUGGUAAUGAGGCUGUGAGGAAAGAAGGAGAGGAGGAGAAACAGGGAAGAGGCCCAUCUCCUCAGAGAGAUCCCUGGUAAUGAGGGUGUGAAGAAAGAGAGAGAGGAGGAGAAACAGGGAAGAGGCCCAUCUCCUCAGAGAGAUCCCUGGUAAUGAGGCUGUGAGGAAAGAGGGAGAGGAGGAGAAACAGGGAAGAGGCCCAUCUCCUCAGAGAGAUCCCUGGUAAUGAGGCUGUGAGGAAAGAGGGAGAGGAGGAGAAACAGGGAAGAGGCCCAUCUCCUCAGAAAGAUCCCUGGUAAUGAGGGUGUGAGGAAAGAGGGAGAGGAGGAGAAACAGGGAAGAGGCCCAUCUCCUCAGAAAGAUCCCUGGUAAUGAGGCUGUGAAGAAAGAGGGAAAGGAGCCGCUGGGCCUGGGGCGGAAGUGUCCCAGAGCCGCCAAGGAGAGCGCGCUCGGCCCCUGCUCUGCCUUCUCUAGGGACAGUCAGUCGGAGCUGGCUGCCCCCCCACCUCCGCCCCCACCUGUCCCCUGUCGCACUGGCUGACCCGGCUCAGGAGGCGAGGGCGGGGCCGCAGAUGGGGCGACCCGUGGGGAGGGGCUGGGGACAGCGGUGGGUGUGGCCUGGGGCCCUGACGCCGCGCAGUCCGCCUUCUGCUUCUUGUUCCCUCACAGGAGGGCUGUGAAACGCAAUGCCCGGCUGAGGUGCCCUUUCCGGAAGGGCGCCUGCGAAAUCACCCGCAAGACCCGGCGACAGUGCCAAGCCUGUCGCCUGCGCAAGUGCCUGGAGAGCGGCAUGAAGAAGGAGAUGAUCAUGUCUGACGCAGCUGUGGAGCAGAGGCGGGCCUUGAUCAAGAAGAAGAAGAGAGAACGGUUUGGGACUCAGCCGUCGCCGCUGUUGGGAGUUCAGGGGCUGACUGAAGAGCAGCAAAUGUUGAUCAAGGAGCUGAUGGACGCUCAGACAAAAACCUUUGACACCACCUUCACCCAUUUCAAGAACUUCCGGCUGCCGGAGGUACUCAGCAGUGGCCGGGAGAUUCCACAGUCUCUGCAGGCCCUGUCAGGGGAAGACGCUGCCAAGUGGCACCAGAUCAGAGACGAUCUGUGCCCCGUGAAGGUCUCUCUGCAGCUGAGGGGGGAGGACGGCAGCAUCUGGAACUACAAACCCCCAGCUGACAGUGGCGGCAAAGAGAUCUUUUCCCUGCUGCCUCACAUGGCUGACAUGUCCACCUACAUGUUCAAAGGCAUCAUCAACUUUGCCAAAGUCAUCUCCUACUUCAGGGACUUGCCCAUCGAAGACCAAAUCUCUCUGCUGAAAGGGGCUACCUUUGAGCUGUGCCAACUGAGGUUCAACACAGUGUUCAAUGCGGAGACAGGGACCUGGGAGUGCGGCCGGCUGUCCUACUGCUUGGAAGACGCUGCAGGUGGCUUCCAGCAGCUUCUUCUGGAGCCCAUGCUGAAAUUCCACUACAUGCUGAAGAAGCUGCAGCUGUGUGAGGAGGAGUAUGUGCUGAUGCAGGCCAUCUCCCUCUUCUCCCCAGACCGCCCAGGCGUGGUGCAGCGUGGAGUGGUGGACCAGCUGCAGGAGCAGUUCGCCAUCACCCUGAAGGCCUACAUUGAGUGCUGUCGGCCCCAGCCAGCGCACCGGUUCCUGUUCCUGAAGAUCAUGGCUAUGCUCACUGAGCUCCGCAGCAUCAACGCCCAGCACACCCAGCGGCUGCUGCGCAUCCAGGACAUACACCCCUUUGCCACCCCGCUCAUGCAGGAGUUGUUCAGCAUCACAGAUGGCUGAGCACCCCUUGGGUGGAAUCUCCUUGGGCCGCCAGACACAGAGACCUCCGAGUCGCCACUCCUGGGCCUAGACAGAUGGACACCACUGAUAGCCAGCAAUGACCAGACUGCCUCUCCAGGGAACUCACUGCUAUGACCACAGCUGGCUAGUGUUUUUUCAGGAAGAGAACUGGGUCCUCCUAGUGCUCAGAUCAGUCUGUGGAGAGUAUACUGGCCUGUAGCUCAGGCUCAUCUGUGAAAGACAAGGCUGCCCUCCCCUUAGCAAAGGCCCCAUGGUCUGAGGAGAAAUCCCCAGAUCUAAGUAAAGUGUCAUGAUGGGGGAAAGAAAAGGGCAGGUGGUGCUGGGUCAUCUGAAAGUCUACAACUGUUGGGGGUGUCCAGCCUGUGGCCUGUGGGCCAUGUGGAUUAUUUGAGGCCUGUUUUGUUUAUCUGAGGUGUCAGAUAUAGCAAAAAUUAUGCAUGGACCUUUUUUUAAAAUUUCUUGCUCAUCCCCUUUUGUUAGCGUUUGUGUAUUUAAUGUAUGACCCAAGACAACUCUUCUUCUUCCAAUGUGCAACUGGAAAAAAAAAAAAGAGGUUUGAUAGCCCUGGACCCAAGUUCAUUAGCUUCUUUGCUGCUGCCUCUAAUAGUCUUGGUCUCCUGCUUCCCACUCAUUCCCAAGCUGCAGCCUCCUAUUCUGAGCGGGUUCCAGGCCUGUGCUCAUCAGCAGUUGUAUUAGUAUUAGUAUUUUCUAGACAAAAGCCAGGUGGCCUGCAUCAAAUAUCAUGAGCACAUUUUGGGCAUGUCAUUCUGUGUCUCUGCAUCCAUUCAAACACAUUAUUAAACACCAAUAAUAUCAGCUUGCUGUGGGGUAUACAGUGCUGACUCACAUAUAGAGCCUAACCUCAAAGAGUUCAUAGUUAAAAAAACAAAGCAGAAACACAAAUAACUUGGAUCAAAAGGAGACGCCAAGAGUGACAAAAAAAGCUCAAGGAAUUUUUUUGUGUGGACAUUGAGUUGUGCUGGGGUUCUGGGGACAUCUAGGCCACAAGUGCAAGUGUCUAGGACAGGAGUUUGUGAAGGGCAGGGCCAUGGGUGCACAUGUGUGACCUGGUGUGGGUAGAUCUGCUCCUCAUCUAAUGGGACCUGGAUUACUGAGGCUGCAAUGGUGGGGUGCUGUGUGACAAGGCUAUAUUGACAAUAAACAUACUAGUACAGAACCAUUUUCAGCACCUUUCAGUCCUCUGUACACAUCUAUUCUCAAAGCUAAAGAGUAUGAAAGUGUCUCGUUUAGAGCCAUUUGUGAAUAAAAAUGUUUUUGCAUUUUUCACAAAUUACACUUUAAUUAUAUAUAAAGUUAUUUCAUACUUAAGAGCUAGGCUUUGCAAAUAUGUUCCAUGGUAAUGUCGAAUCCAGGCAAUGGGACUUAAGCAAUUAAAUUUUGGCUAGAGAUGUAAACUUUUUUGGCCUUUCUUCUCUGGAGAAAAUAAUGUGGGGGCAGGGAAACAAAUACACACACACACUCGCACAGGUAUUUUUACUACUUAUUUCCCUUUAAAAAUCUGAAAACGUUUGGUGUAAUAACAUAAAAAUGAAUUCUUUAACUUCAUAUACUUAUAAAACGACUGCUCUAUAUGAAAAUUUCAAGUAUUACAUUCUAUAAUUUAAAAUGUAAUUUAAUUAAUUUUAAAUGUCUGAUAUUUCAUUGCUACAAGGUAAACUGAAUUUUAAGGAACAGAUAAUUGCUUAGCUUUUUAUCAUUUUAUAAGCAGCAGAUCAAACUUUGAGAACAUAGUAAAUCAUCAAUAAAAUAAAGCAAAGCAAAGCAAACAUACUCUGUGACAGCCCUCUGAUUUUCCAACCUUUUCCACAUCAAGGAGAUACAGAAAGCACUUGUUUUUAGGAAAGAGCUCUUCUCUCCAAACUCAAUGCGGCUUUUGCUCCCAGGAGUUUUAUCUAAUUAUAGACUUAUUUAUAAUUAGAAAUAAAAAUUUCACCCAAUUGUAUUCAUAAAGCAUAUACAUUUUCCCUACCCCACUGAAAUAAUUUUUAGUGUGCUAUUUGUUGAAGAGCCUGAACUGGUGUUAGAUGUAGGCUAUGGAAAGGUGAGAGGAUGUAGGGUAAACUUUCACUUUGCCAUAUUGAUUUUAAAAAAACCCAGGCAGUUCUCCAAACAUUGAAUUAAUAUGUACAUCUGAUUUAUAGAGAUUAUAAAAACCAAUCAUAAUCUGAAAGUAAAAAGGCUCAGUUUAGAUGCACCGAAGAGCUCAUCACAAGACACUUCUUUAUAGCAGCCUUGUGGGUCUAACCAGGAGCAAAAUUCAGCUUUCCUCCUCUCAAACAUUUGUAUUUCCCCUCAUUACUCCCCUCCUAGAGCGUUUGAGACUAAGCCAUCAGCUUCUAAAGCUCAGGGGAAAACACCUAAGUAAGCUACUGCACACCUUCCACUCCCCCAUUGGAGCUACUCAUCAGCCUCUCUACUUGGCCCAGACCUUGUCUAAUUGAUGUCUUGACUUUGACAAAUCUAGUGGGUAGGCCUGGCCCCAGGCCCUCUCCUGUCUGGAUAAAAUACUAUGUAAGAAGCAGCACGUGUUAAGACUAGCCAUCCCUUCCUAUCUCCUGACAACUUGUGUGCCUUUGUGCUAACUUACGCAGCAGCUUGUUUUUCUCUGGUUGCUUCCUGUUUAUAUACCCACAGCUUUUAUCAAUCUGAUGGUGCUGAUUUGUGGGUGAAAUAUUCCUAUGCCUAAGCAAUGGUUGACCAUUGGGACACUUUUUUUCUACAAACAUAUCUCUGUACUCCCUAGCACCUUUCCAAAAUGACACCCAUAGUUAACAUCCCCAUGAAACAUGAUUCCAAAAGACUGUUGUUGGUCAGAACUUUUUGGAAAGCCAGAAACUAAAAAAGAUAGUCUUCAGGAUUCUAAGGUAAAAGGAUGUGGCGGGACACUUAACAUUGUUUUAACUCAAUCCCAAUUCAAACAGCUAAGACAGACCUACACAAGAUAGCACUGAGUCAAAAACUAAUGUACUCCAGUUCCAUCAGGAGGCCCAUCCUACAUGUAACAU